AUGUUAGGCAAUAUAACAGGGAAGCAAACCUAUAUUGUAUCUACAGUAUUUAUCCCGGAUGAUAUAGAAAAAAUGUUUGAAGAUAAAUUAGCAAAACAGCAGGCUGAUCAUAAAGUUGAAAUGGAAAAACUAAAAAGUAAACUCUAA